AUGAUCACAGCAGUUGACCAAGAUAAGGGCCGGCCUCGAGGAAUUGGUUACACCAUUGUCUCAGGUAACACCAACAGCAUCUUUGCCCUGGACUACAUCAGUGGAGCACUGACUCUGAAUGGUGUGUUGGACCGGGAAAACCCUCUCUACAGCCACGGUUUCAUCCUGACUGUAAAGGGCACAGAGCUAUAUGAUGACCGAACGCCGUCAGAUGCUUCCUGCAUCACCACCUUCAACAUCCUCGUCAUCGACAUCAACGACAACGCCCCAGAGUUCAACAGCUCUGAGUACAGCGUGGCCAUCACCGAGCUGGCCCAGGUGGGCUUUGCCCUUCCCCUCUUCAUCCAGGUGGUGGACAAGGAUGAGGGCCUUAACAGCAUGUUCGAAGUCUACCUGGUGGGCAACAACUCCCACCACUUCAUCGUCUCCCCCACCUCCAUCCAGGGGAAGGCUGACAUCCGAAUGCGAGUUGCCCAGCCAUUGGACUACGAGACUGUCCCCCGCUAUGAAUUUGAUAUGUUUGCCAAUGAGAGUGUGCCUGACCAUGUGGGCUAUGCCAAGGUGAAGAUUACCCUCAUCAAUGAGAAUGACAACCGGCCCAUCUUCAGUCAGCCAUUAUACAAUGUCAGCCUGUACGAGAAUGUUACUGUGGGGACAACCAUCCUGACAGUUCUGGCAACAGACAAUGAUGCAGGCACCUAUGGAGAUGUCUACUACUUCCUCAGCGAUGAUUCUGACAGGUUCUCUCUGGACAAGGACACAGGCCUUAUCACAUUGAUCGGCAAACUAGACUAUGAGCUGAUCCAACGCUUCACCCUGACUGUAAUUGCCCGAGAUGGGGGCGGCGAAGAGACAACAGGGAGGGUCCGAAUCAAUGUGCUGGAUGUCAAUGACAACGUCCCCACUUUCCAGAAGGAUGCCUAUGUGGGGGCUUUAAGAGAGAAUGAGCCUUCAGUGACCCAGCUGGUGCGGCUCCGGGCCACUGAUGAAGACUCUCCCCCCAACAACCUGAUCACCUACAGCAUCGUGAAUGCCUCUCUGUUUGGAAGCUACUUCGAUAUCAGUGUCUAUGAAGGCUACGCAGUGAUCAGUGUCAACCGUCCCCUGGAUUACGAGCAGAUCCCCAAUGGUAUGAUAUACCUGACUGUCAUGGCCAAGGAUGCUGGCAACCCUCCUCUCAACAGCACCGUCCCGGUCACCAUAGAGGUGUUUGUAAGUGCCACCGUGUUGUUUCUAAAUGCAACAGACCUGGACCGCUCCCGGGAAUAUGGCCAGGAGUCCAUCAUCUACUCCCUGGAAGGCUCCUCACAAUUUCGGAUCAAUGCACGUUCAGGUGAAAUCACAACUACGACCCUGCUGGAUCGAGAAACCAAAUCGGAGUACAUCCUUAUUGUGCGGGCAGUGGAUGGGGGAGUUGGCCACAACCAGAAGACCGGCAUUGCCACUGUGAACAUCACUCUCUUGGACAUCAAUGACAACCACCCCACCUGGAAGGAUGCUCCUUAUUACAUCAACCUGGUGGAGAUGACACCUCCGGAUUCUGACGUGACCACGGUGGUGGCGGUGGAUCCCGACCUGGCGGAGAACGGCACUCUGGUCUACAGCAUCCACCCUCCCAACAAGUUCUACAGCAUCAACAGCACCACCGGCAAGAUCAGAACCACCAACGUCAUGCUGGACCGUGAGAACCCCGACCCCGAAGAGGCAGAACUCAUGCGCAAAAUCAUCGUGUCUGUCACCGACUGCGGCACGCCCCCUCUGCGAGCCACCAGCAGCGCCACCGUCUUUGUCAACCUCCUGGACCUGAACGACAAUGACCCCACCUUCCAGAACCUGCCCGCCAUUGCCGAGGUGUUGGAAGGCACCCUCGCUGGGGUCCCCGUCUACCAGGUGGUGGCCAUCGAUCUGGAUGAAGGCUUGAAUGGGCUGGUGUCCUACCGUAUGCAGGUGGGCAUGCCCCGUAUGGACUUUGUCAUCAACAGCAGCACUGGCGUGGUCACUACAACCACCGAGCUAGACCGGGAACGAAUUGCAGAGUACUAUCUUCGGGUAGUGGCUAGUGAUGCUGGCACUCCCACAAAGAGCUCCACCAGCACCCUCACCAUUCGAGUACUGGAUGUGAACGAUGAGACCCCUACCUUCUUCCCAGCCGUGUACAAUGUCUCCCUGCUGGAGGACAUCCCCCGGGAUUUCCGAGUGGUCUGGCUGAACUGUACGGACAAUGAUGUGGGACUCAACGCCGAGCUCAGUUACUUUAUCACAGGAGGAAACAUUGAUGGUAAAUUCAAGAUUGGCUAUCGGGACGCCGUGGUCAGGACAGUGGUGAACUUGGAUAGGGAGACCACAGCGGCGUACACCCUGAUUGUGGAGGCCAUUGACAACGGCCCCGUAGGGAAGCGGAGGACAGGCACAGCCACCAUAUAUGUCACCGUGCUGGAUGUGAAUGACAACCGGCCCAUCUUUCUGCAGAGCAGCUACGAGGCCAGCGUCCCUGAGGACAUCCCCGAAGGCAGCAGCAUUGUGCAGCUGAUGGCCACGGAUGCAGAUGAGGGCGAUAAUGGGCGCGUGUGGUACCGAAUCCUCCACGUCACCACCAUUGACUAUCUGGACUAUGAGACCAAAACGAGCUACCUGAUGAACGUAUCGGCCACCGACCAGGCGCUCCCUUUCAACCAGGGCUUCUGCAGCGUCUACAUCACUCUCCUCAAUGAGCUGGAUGAGGCUGUGCAGUUCUCUAACGCUUCCUAUGAGGCUGCCAUCAUGGAGAACCUGCCCUGGGGCUCUGAGGUGGUGAGGAUACAAGCGUUCUCCAUUGACAACAUCAACCCAAUAGUCUACAGAUUUGACCCCCACACCAGCCCCCAGGCCCGGGCCCUCUUCAAAAUCGAUUCCGUCACAGGUGUGAUCACUGUCAAGGGCCUGGUGGACAGGGAAAAAGGAGAUUUCUAUACCCUGACGGUUGUGGCAGAUGAUGGAGGACCCAAAAUUGAUUCUACUGUGGUCUAUAUCACGGUGCUGGACGAGAAUGACAACAGCCCUCAAUUCGACCCUACCUCGGACUCGGCUGUCAGCGUGCCUGAGGACUUCACCGUGGGGCGCCGGGUAGCCGUGGUCACUGCUCGGGACGCUGACAUAGGCAGCAAUGGGCAGAUCUCUUUCUACUUGGCCUCAGGAAACAUUGGGGGGGCCUUUGAAAUUCUCACCUCCAACGACUCCAUAGGUGAGGUGUUCGUGGCCAGGCCGCUGGACAGAGAAGAACUGGAUCACUAUGUUCUCAAGAUUGUGGCCAUUGAUGGUGGCUCCCCUCCCAGAAAAAAGGACCAUAUCUUACGGAUCACCAUUCUAGAUGUCAACGAUAACCCUCCCGUCAUCGAGAGCCCUUAUGGGUACAACGUCAGCGUGAACGAGAACGUGGGUGGAGGCACUUCUGUUGUUCAGGUGAUAGCCACAGACAGGGACAUUGGAAUCAAUAGUGUCCUGUCCUACUACAUCACUGAGGGGAAUGAAGACAUGACCUUCCGAAUGGACCGGGUCACCGGAGAGAUCUCCACGCGGCCAUCUCCACCAGAUCGAGAACGCCAAAGCUUCUACCAUUUGGUGGUCACCGUGGAGGAUGAGGGCACUCCAACUCUCUCCGCUACCACCCAUGUGUACGUGACAAUUGUGGAUGAAAAUGACAACGCGCCCGUGUUCCAACAGCCAAAGUAUGAGAUAUUGCUAGAUGAGGGUCCAGAUACCGUCAACAUCAGCCUUAUCACCAUCCAGGCUCUUGACGUGGAUGAAGGUCCCAAUGGCACCAUAGCCUAUGCCAUCAUCGCUGGCAACAUCAUCAAUACCUUCCAUAUUGACAACGUCACAGGAGUCAUCAGCACACUGAAGGAGCUGGAUUAUGAGAUCAGCCAUGGCCGAUACACUCUAAUUGUCACUGCCACUGACCAGUGCCCCAUCUUAUCUCGACGCCUCACUUCCACUACUACGGUAUGUGGCAGCAUCUCCUCCUUGAAAAGGGUUCCCAGAAAUUCUGCUGAGAUGGGGAAAGUUCUCUGGAGCCUCCACGAGGGCAGCGAGGGUUUGAGUGGGGAGAGAAAGUCCAUGAUCAGACCCAGAAUACGAGACAUGGGUGACAACAUUGUGACUACAAGUGAUCGGACCUUGAUAACCAGGCCUGCAGGUGUUAGAGGGGAAGGGUUGGGUAUUAAAGGCCAUUUUACAGGUGAGUUUCUGAUCUCUCCUGUGGAGGGAGAGCUUCGAGUUCGGAAAGAUGUGGAGCUGGAUCGGGAAAACAUUGCCUUCUACAACCUCACCAUCUGUGCUCGGGACAGGGGGAUACCCCCACUCAGUUCCACGAUGCUGGUGGGAAUCCGAGUACUGGACAUCAAUGACAACGACCCGGUGUUGCUGAAUCUGCCCAUGAACAUCACCAUCAGUGAGAACAGUCCUGUGUCCAGCUUUGUGGCCCACAUCCUGGCCAGCGACGCUGACAGUGGCCCCAAUGCCCUCCUCACCUUCAACAUUACGGCUGGCAACAGAAACAAUGCCUUCGCCAUCGAUGCCACGACAGGGAUCGUCACUGUGAAUCGACCACUAGACCGAGAAAGGAUUCCUGAGUAUAAAUUGACUAUUUCUGUGAAGGAUAACCCUGAAAACCCACGCAUUGCCAGAAGGGAUUUUGACCUACUGGUGGUCUCACUUGAAGAUGAAAAUGACAACCAUCCACUCUUCACCCAGAGCACCUACCAGGCAGAAGUGAUGGAGAAUUCUCCUGCAGGGACUCCCAUCACGGUGCUGAACGGGCCCAUCCUGGCCCUGGACGAUGACCUUGGCGUGAAUGCCGUGGUGACCUACACGCUCCUGGGGCCCGAGAGGGGCCUCUUUGACAUCGACAACGCCACUGGUGUGGUGGUGGUGAAGCCAGGCGUUGUGAUUGACCGAGAAGCCUUCUUCCCCCCAAUCCUGGAGCUGCUCUUGCUGGCUGAAGAUAUUGGGCUCCUCAAUGGCACUGCUGAGCUCAUCAUCACCAUCCUGGAUGACAAUGACAACCGACCCACAUUCACUCCUUCGACCCUGACUGUACACCUCCUGGAGAACUGCCCUCCAGGCUUAUCUGUCCUUCAAGUCACAGCCACAGAUGAAGACAGUGGCCUCAACGGGCAGGUGGUGUACAGGAUUCAGGCUGGGGCUCAAGACCGCUUCGUGAUCCAUCCCAUCACUGGGGUCAUCCGCGUGGGCAACAUCACCAUCGACAGAGAGGAGCAAGAGUCCUACAGGCUGGUGGUGGUGGCAGCGGACCGGGGCACGGUGCCCCUUUCAGGCACUGCCAUCGUCACCGUCCUUAUCGAUGACAUCAAUGACUCACGGCCUGAAUUCAUCAAUCCCAUCCAGACUGUGAGCGUGCUUGAGUCGGUCGAUCCGGGCACCGUCAUCGCCAAUGUCACCGCCAUCGACCGUGACCUGAAUCCAGAGCUCGAAUACUACAUCAUCGACAUAGUAGCCAAGGAUGACACUGACCGCCUGGUUCCUGACCAAGAAGAGGCCUUCGCUGUGAAUAUCAACACAGGUUCUGUAAUGGUGAAAUCACCCUUGAAUCGAGAACUGGUUGCCACCUAUGAAGUCACCAUUUCUGUGAUUGACAACGCCAGCGACCUGCCUGAAAAUGCCGUGAGUGUGCCCAAUGCCAAGCUGACAGUCAAUAUCCUGGAUGUCAAUGACAACACGCCCCAGUUCCGGCCCUUCGGGAUCACCUACUACACAGAACGGAUCCUGGAAGGGGCAACGCCAGGCACCACACUCAUUGCUGUGUCAGCUUACGAUCCAGACAAAGGCGUCAAUGGCCAGAUCACCUAUACCCUGCUCAACAUGGUGCCCCCAGGGUACGUCCAAUUGGAAGACUCCUCAGCAGGGAAGAUCAUCUCCAAUCGGACUGUGGACUAUGAAGAGGUGCACUGGGUCAAUUUUACCGUCCAAGCAGCAGACAAUGGCUCCCCUCCCAGGGCUGCUCAGAUCCCUGUCUACCUGGAAAUUGUGGACAUCAAUGACAACAAUCCCAUCUUCGACGAGCUCUCCUAUCAGGAAUCUGUGUUUGAGGACGCACCAGUGGGCACAAUCAUCCUCACUGUCACCGCCACUGAUGCUGACUCAGGUGCCUUUGCCCUCAUAGAGUACAGUCUGGUGGAUGGAGAAGGCAAAUUUGGGAUCAAUCCCACCACGGGAGAUAUCUACGUGCUGUCUUCCCUGGACCGAGAGACAAAGGCUCACUACAUCCUUACAGCCUUAGCCAAGGACAACCCUGGGGACAUACCCAGCAACCGCAGAGAGAAUUCAGUCCAGGUGGUGAUACAAGUACUGGAUGUCAAUGACUGCCGGCCUGAGUUCUCCAAGCCCCAGUAUAGCACCAGUGUUUAUGAGAAUGAGCCUGCAGGCACUUCGGUCAUCACCAUGAUGGCCACUGACCAGGAUGAAGGGGAGAAUGGAGAACUGGCUUAUUCCAUUGAAGGCCCUGGCGUUGAGGCAUUCCAAGUCGACAAAGAUUCGGGUCUGGUAACAACCCGGCGGCCACUGCAGUCUUACGAGAGGUUCAACCUAACAGUGGUAGCUACAGAUGGUGGGCAGCCCCCACUCUGGGGCACCACUAUGCUCUAUGUGGAAGUCAUUGACGUCAACGACAAUCGACCAGUCUUUGUCCGUCCACCCAAUGGAACCAUCCUCCACAUCUUAGAGGAAAUCCCUCUACGGUCAAAUGUUUAUGAGGUCUACGCCACAGAUCAGGACGAAGGGCUCAACGGGGCUGUUCGCUACAGUUUCCUGAAGACAACGGGGAACCGAGACUGGGAAUAUUUCACGAUUGAUCCCAUCAGUGGACUUAUCCAAACUGCCAAACGUCUCGACAGAGAGCAGCAGCCUCUGUACAGUCUGAUCCUGGUGGCCAGCGACCUGGGCCAACCAGUGCCCUACGAGACCAUGCAACCCCUCCUGGUGGUCCUGGAUGACAUUGAUGACAAUGAACCCAUCUUCGUGAGACCUCCAAAAGGCAGCCCCCAGUACCAGCUACUCUCUGUGCCUGAGCACUCCCAGCCUGGCACCCUCGUGGGCAAUAUUACAGGAGCUGUGGAUGCAGAUGAGGGCCCCAAUGCUAUUGUCUACUAUUUCAUUGCAGCUGGCAACGAAGAAGAGAACUUCCUGCUGAAGAAAGAUGGGAGACUCUUGGUAGUACGCGAUCUGGACCGUGAACGAGAGGCUCUCUUCUCCAUUAUCGUCAAGGCCUCGAGCAACCGGAGCUGGACACUGCCCCGUGGUCCGGGGGCCUCCCAGGCCCUUGACCUCCUGACCGAUCUGACACUCCAAGAGGUGCGAAUUGUCAUAGAGGACAUCAACGACCAGCCUCCACGCUUCACGAAGUCUGAGUAUACUGCAGGGGUGGCCACUGAUGCUAAGGUGGGAUCAGAACUCAUCCAGGUGUUGGCUACAGAUGACGACAUUGGCAAUAACAGCCUGGUGUUCUACAGCAUCCUGGCCAUCCAUUACUUCCGAGAGCACUCCAAUGACUCAGAAGAUGUGGGCCAGGUCUUUACCAUGGGAAGCGUUGAUGGAAUCCUGAGAACAUUUGACCUCUUCAUGGUCUACAGUCCUGGCUAUUUUGUGGUGGACAUCAUAGCUCUGGACCUGGCUGGUCACAAUGAUACUGCCAUUGUGGGCAUCUAUAUCUUGCGUGAUGACCAGAGGGUCAAGAUUAUUAUCAAUGAGAUCCCUGACCGGGUGCGAGGCUUUGAGGAAGAGUUCAUCCGCCUGCUUUCCAACAUCACUGGUGCCAUUGUCAACAGUGAUGAUGUUCAAUUCCACGUGGACCAGAGAGGCCGGGUAAAUUUUGCCCAGACGGAGCUACUCAUUCACGUGGUGAAUAGAGACACCAAUCGAAUCUUGGAUGUAGAUCGGGUAAUCCAAAUGAUUGAUGAAAACAAGGAGCAGUUGAGGAACCUCUUCCGAAACUAUAAUGUGCUGGAUGUCCAGCCUGCCAUCACUCCCCGGCUUCCUGAGGACAUGUCAAACUUGCAGAUGGCAAUUAUCAUUCUGGCCAUCCUUCUCUUCCUGGCUGCCAUGCUCUUCAUUCUCAUGAACUGGUACUACAGGACUGUACACAAGAGGAAACUCAAAGCCAUUGUGGCUGGCUCCACAGGGAACCGAGGCUUUAUAGACAUCAUGGACAUGCCCAAUACCAACAAGUACUCCUUUGAUGGGGCUAACCCUGUGUGGCUGGACCCAUUCUGCCGGAACCUAGAGUUAGCUGCCCAGGCCGAGCAUGAAGAUGACCUGCCCGAGAACCUCAGUGAGAUCACAGACCUGUGGAACAGCCCUGCCCGCACGCAUGGGACAUUUGGGAGAGAACCAUCAGCUGUUAAGCCAGAGGAUGACCGCUACCUGCGGGCUGCCAUCCAGGAGUAUGACAACAUCGCCAAGCUGGGCCAGAUCAUUCGGGAGGGGCCCAUUAAGCUGAUCCAGACGGAGCUGGAAGACGAGGUGGCCGAUCGGAGCCUGGGCCAGGGCAGCCUCCGCUUCCGCCACAAGCAGCCCAUCGAGCUCAAGGGGCCGGACGGCAUCCACGUGGUGCACGGGAGCACCGGCACCCUCCUGGCCGCCGACCUCAACAGCCUCCCGGAGGACGAUCAGAAGGUCCUGGGCCGGUCCCUGGAGACGCUGACGGCCGAGGCCGGGGCCUACAGCGAGCGCAACGCCCGCACCGAGUCCGCCAAAUCCACCCCCAUGCACAAGAUGCGGGAGGUGAUCAUGGAGAGCCCGCUGGAGAUCACCGAGCUAUGA